AUGGGUAAAAUUAACGUACAGAAAACGUACGCAAGAGCACUGUUCUCGAGGAGAGUGGUAACACAUCCAAUAUACGUAUCAGAAACGAUAGAUAAAGCGCCAAUUCAAAGAAUACCACAGGUGGCGUUGGUAGGAUACUCGAACGUGGGAAAGUCAAGUCUGAUAAACGCAAUUCUGUACGGAAAACACAUACCAAACUUCGCAAGAAGAAUAACGUCGAACGCACAAAUGUUGAAGAAUCCAAGAUACGCACCAGGAAGGACGAGGCACCUGUUCACAUUUGACCUGGGAAACAAAAUAUCACUAGUAGAUCUCCCAGGAUACGGAUGCGCAAAAGUGUCAGAUGUUAAUAAUUUGAUAAGUAAUCGUGCAGGUAUAAACCUGAAAUUGAUACACACGAAUAGCCUAUACCGGAUAUUGUCAUUAGUGGACUCAAUAAAAGGGCCAGUGGCCGAAGACUAUAAGCUGUGGAGUAUGCUGAGGGAUAUGCAGAUACCGUUUCAAGUAGUGUUGACGAAGUGCGAUAGAGUCAAGGUAAGCAGUUAA